AUGACGGAGAUGUACUCCGGCCUCCAUGUGGGUCAGCGGUUUUGCUCCCUGGAAGAGUUCAAAACAGUGGUACGGAGUAUAUCUGUCAGACAACACUGGGAGCUUCGUGUGGCUCGUAGCAACAAGAAGAGCGUGGUUAUCGGAUGUCGAUCAUCGGCAAAUUGCUUUUUUCGUGUGGUCUGUCGCUCAAACAAAAAUGCGACUUACAUCACUAGUCUUCAAGACAGCCAUAGUUGCCGCCGGAGUGCAAAUUCCCCUGCAGCUACACCCGCUCGCUCUGAAGCUUCCCAUGUGCGAUUUCUGCUGAGCGAGAUACCGAAGCUUUUCGAUAUGAAGUCGAAAAUACGAGCCCAGGAUGUCGUGGAUGCCGUGAAACGCUACCAUGGGUAUGACAUCUCUAUGCGUCAGGCACAGCGAGCGCUCACCAAACUUCAACCGCGUCAUGCUGAGGGCCAGGAUGAACAUGGGCCAGAUAUCGACGUGAGUGCAGAUGAACAGCAGUCGCCUGAGGAAUCCCCUGAGUCACAAGGAGAAGGGGCACAUGCAUACGGGGAGAUAUCCGAGAAUCGGUGGCUUCCAGAACAUCUCCCAUCAUCACUGAUGGAUGAUGAGAACAUGUCCCCAAACGAGACCUCGAACAACCAUCCACCAUCUAGUUCCCAAGCCCUGCCACCUCCGCCCCAGGCGCAACACGUACCGGUUCCCACACCAAACCAACCCUCUUUCAGCCACAACCCACUCCCAAUGAAUAUAUCACAAUCAGGAGUCGAAUACCAGACCGCUGCUUUACCAGUAGGAGUGGUUGGGCCUCCGAAGGACUACCCCGAGCGCAGUGAUCACGAUGCGGUCCCCCAGAUGGUUCUUACCAAUUUUAAGAUUGAAUUCACCUGCACAACCUGCGGGUCACUGAAUCAGAGCUUUUUCCCAAAUCAGGGCAAUGUCACCGGUGCCAGCUAUAUGACCCACCAUGCUGUACCGAAUCCUGGUAAUGUUCCAAGACACACCGGGCCUACUCCUCAGAAUGGUGUUGGUAGCAGUAGCAAUGCAGUCGGUGAAAACCCCGCUUACGAUAUCAAUGCCCCCAACACAUCUACUAUCCAAAACGCAUGGCCUGGUGGUGGCCUAGGAGUACAAAUCGGACCGGCUCAUACCUAA